CAACUACAAACGCCCCGGAACCGUAGGGCGCCGCGCGCGCGCUGGGGAGCUUCGGCGCCCGUUGGCCAAAUGGCGCCAGCGGCCGGGGAAAAGGUGGGGGGCUCGCGGCCGCCUGGAACGCGGGUGGCCGCGGGCGAGCGCCUCCCAGCGGAGCGGCUAGGUGGUAAGCGACGGCGCGGGCGCCGUAACACCGAGCGCGAAGGGAUUCCACCCGGCCGCAUCCCCCAGCAAGGCGGCGACCCCACGAAUUGCGGGCGCGGGCGUGGUUCCGGAAUGCUUCGAAAACGCCGCGACUAGUGCAGCACCUUGCGGCCUAUCUAAAACACCCAAGGGGGCGCGGGCUGGCAGAAGCGCGCGCCCCACCAGGGGGGCCGCCGCCUUUUGCACGCAUUGCCCUGGUUUGGCCCCGCCGGGCCAAGUGUGUGGCGUGGCGUGUGUGUGUUUCAUCUACAUCGAGAACGCCCCCGGGCCUUAGCGGCGGCGCCGAUGAGCGAUCGCCCCGCUGGCGGGACUGGGGCGGGGCUUCCGCUCCCGACCUGGCUUGCUGGUUUUGUGCGCCCGCCGCCGAAUUUGGGCGGGCUUUUUUGGCGGGUGGCGUGUAUUUAUCGUCGCACCCAUUGCCAGCUUGGCGGCGCCUCGUUCAUGCAUCGGCGCGGCCGCAGGAUUCUUCGGCCUGGCCGCUGCCCUUCGUCCAACUCCUUCGUCCGGCCGACCGCCCUGGCCCCGGCCGCCCGUGUGUUCCGCCUCCCCUACCUUGCGCCCCGUUAUUGCAGCCCACAGAGACCUUGGGCGGUCGGGGCGUGCAAUUCGAGGGAGCGUGGCGCGGAAGAAAGCGCGCGGGCCGCCCUCGCGUGUGUCGUGUUUUUUUUUCGUUUAAGGUAAAGGGGG